CACAAAAUUGCCUGACCAAUCGACGCCUCGCACGACUGCGCAAGUUUCUUAGUAUUCAACCAGGAAGCAGUUAAUUUCGUGUCUGUUGGAGAAACAUGGCAGGUUGUGGGAACGCUUCUGUGUUGGUCUGCCUGGUUACUUUGCUCGUAACUUGGACUCUGGUGGCGUCCAAGGAGUUCGGAGUGGUGAACACCGUGCCUUCAGCAGAGUUUGAAGGCUUCGUUGGAUCUCCCAGCACACUGACCGCCGUCUACUUCCACAAGCGACAGUUGCCUCGGCUGCAACACUUCCUGAAAGCAUUCAAUGAGUCUGCAAGCUUCAUGAAACCGUACCAGGUGCAGUUUGGAAGGGUGAACUGUAACCAGGACCCAGUGGCCUCAUACUGUGACAAACCAGAUGUAGACCAGUCAGUCUUCAUCUUGAGAAAUGACCGUGUGGAGGCAAAGUUUCCCCUGGACACAAUGUAUGAUAAAGACUCCAUCUCAUCCAACAUUUUCCAAGUGCUGCUGUCAUCAGAAGUGCCAGUACUGCAGACUGGGAUAGACCUGAAGCACCAGCAGCAGAGGUACAUGGGCGACAGGGACAUCAUCUUCAGCUGGCAGAGGGCAAUUGGAACAUACGAGCACCGAGUGUUCAUGGAGUUUGCCUUCGCCUAUGGUACGACCUACAGAUUUGCUUUCGCGACAGACAAGAAAGUUGCAGAGGAUGCUGAUCUCAGGGAUGCUAAAACAGUGAAAGAGCCGGCCCUCUGGGUUCUGCACUGUUCCGAGGAAGAGAAGGUUGUCACUGUGCAGACAGACAAGACAUGUCGUAACACGAGAUUCCGACACCCAAUCAUUCUCUCAGAUGUCCUGGCUUUUCUAAGGUCCCUUAAGACACCUUACUAUAUUGACAUGCCACGAAACCAAGAGCCCAUUCCAUAUGACAGCAUGAACCUACACCUCACGUAUGUGGUGACAGACAACAGUAAUGAACACGAGGCCAGAGAAAUGGCAGACAAGCUGGGCAAGGCACUCAGGGGGCAGGCGGGGGUCAUCCUUCUUAACAUAGAUGUUGUUCCUGAGUCCACACUGGAGAGCCUGGCUACAGACACAGAGAGGCUGAGGGAAGUGCCAGUUGUUGCUGUUCAACUCAAUGGUCAGGACAACCUGAACUACAUGCACCACUUCAGUGAGGACCCAUUGGUGGAGGAUAUUGAAACAUUAAUUUCUGAACACGGAGGAACUAAGAAAAAGAGGACCAUACAAGAAGACUACGAAGAUGUACCAGAACAAGAGGUUGAGGAUGACGUAGUAGCGGAGGCCGUGUACCGCAGCAAGUACACCCCGCUGGACCUGACCUACGCUCCUGCCCUGACAGACAAAACCUUCCCAGUCAUACUGAAGGAGAAGCCGCUGCUUGUGGUGGUUUUCUACCUGUCAUGGGAGGCAAGGUCAGCUGCGUUCCUGGCGUCCUACUCUGAGGCAUCCUUGGCUUUGAAAGAUGACACCUCUGACAGCAGCCCAUUGGCCCGUGUGGCAUGUGACGACUGGCCAGACGUGUGCCAGCUUAACAACGUGACCAGCUACCCAGUCACCAAGGUGUACCGGGAUGGUCAGUACCAGAAGGACUACAAGGGCAUGCUGGAAACAACUGCUCUGGUCAACUUUGUAAAGCUUCUCCAGCUUCCAGCCCCAGCCGAGCUGAAGACUGUGAAAGAGGUGACAAACUUCAAAAAUCUGUUGUCAGCCGGCAUCACCGACACAGUUGUACUUGGACUGACGGGUCAGGAGGAUCAGGCAGAGAUAAAAACUUUCACGUCUGCAGCUCAUGAACAACAAGGGGAAUUCCUGUUGGGUCUAGUUAAAGACAAGGCACUGGCACAAGAAGUUGGUUCUAUGUACGGCUCCUCAGUGCCAGGUGUAGUAGUGGUGAAGAAGAGUGAUAAGUACCAGCCCUUCAAACUCUUCUCUGGCAAGGUUUUCCACAAACCCAGUCUGCUCAAGUUCAUCAGACUAGCCAGCCUUCCUGUGUUUCCUGAGCUGACCGCAAAGAACUUUCCCUCAUUCUUCAUCCAAGACAAACCAUUUGUGAUUCUGUUUGGCGGGAGGGGGGAAGAGCUAGAGUCUAUCGGCCAGAUUGCUGCAACGGAAGAACUUCCUGUUAUUUUCUGCCAGAUGAAUGUGUUCACUGCAGACUCCUUGGGAGCAGAUCUUCUCCAGUCCUAUGCGCCAAACGCCGGUCUCCCUGCCCUGGUCAUGAUUCAGCACAAGACGGGAGGAGUGUUUGAGUACCCCUACCCUAAUGACCUCUCCAAGGACAAGGUGACUUCCUGGGUCCGUGGCUGUGAGAAAGGCGACAUCUUGGCUAACAGUGAACUAGAGGAGGAGCUGUGGGGUCCCAUGAUGCCUGGCUACGACUUCCUGACCUUCCUGGAUGUAGAGGGAGACUCUGCCAAACAGAAGACAGACGUUCACGAUCACGGGGAGUUUGUACAGUCAGACGAGCACGAGCCUGAAGAUGAGGAGCCAGAGGAGUUGGAGGAGGACAUCCCCACUGAAGGCUCCAGGCUCAGUAAACCUGAAGUCAAAGUUCACAAGCACACUGAGCACACGGAGCUUUGAUGUAGAUGUGAUACGGUGCGCUGGCCAUGUAAGGACAGAUCAGUUCAAUGUUCCCCAAAGUCAGAGGACCAAAGCUAGAGUUAGGGCCGGUUAGCACGGGGCAAAAUAUCAUUUGGCCUGCGUCGAACAUGGUGCCGCUUCGUUCAGUGCAGGCCAAAUGAUAUUUUUUGCCCCGUGUAAAUCAGGCCUAAGUAUCAAUUCAUUUAUUUGCCACCUGUAAGCACUUAAUUAGCAUGUUAAAGUCACCAAUUACACGUUAAGUGCAAGCAAGGACAUUGUAGUGUAAUCUAUGCAAAACAUUUUAAAGCUCCACUGGGCUCUUCCAAAUUACAAGUUUAGAAAUCAUAUUCAACACAUUCCAGGUUCAGGGAUAGCUAAGUCUGUACCAUGUACGUUGUAAGGGCCUGGUGAUCAAACUGAUUUUAUCUGAAAGUGCCUUAUUGUCUAGUACUCAAUGAUGUAGGAAUUGACCAAAGUGAAGAGAUGAUGUAAGAAUUAACCAAGGUGGAGAGAAAAUUUCUAGAUAUUUGUGAUGAAUAGUGACAGAUGGAUUUUGAUACAGGUUGACAUUUGGAUGUACAUUUUCAGAAUACAAGAACAGGGUGUGUAUUUAUUCAGUGAGGUGGACAUAUUCUAUAUUUUUGGAGAAGUUCUAUUUUACAGAGAAAAGUGGUUAAUAUGUUUUUCAAGACUUGUGCAAAGUGUGUUUGUCUUGCCGGUGUUGCAUUUGGUAUUCCAAGGGUAUAUAAGGUUUUGGGAACAAACUCCUUUUAUUCAGUAUCUGAUAAGUGUGUAUUUUGAAUAUACAUGUAGGUGUAGUCUUAUUGCUCAGAAAAAACAAUUAUUAUAGUAAUGCACAAAACACAGCAUUUUGGCUGUUCUUACAGUGCACCAAUUCAAGCGGGUCUCACUACCCAGAAAUGUAACAAAUUGGCAAGAUGUAGAGAUUAGACCAAGUAACAAACAUAUUUGUAGACAUACGGUAUAUGGAAGUAUGGUAUGGUGCAAUAAAGUGUGUUAAAAGAA